UACAAAACUGCUCAACGUAAAAUGUCCCCACGUAAACUAGCAUUACUAUCUCGUCAAGUCGCAGGAUUACCUAUUGAUGAAGCUAUUUUACAAAUGGAUUUCAGUGAGAAAAGAGCUAGUAAAUGGAUUCGAAGUAUGUUAGCUUGGUCGAGGGAUAGUGCUAUAGAAAAAGGGAUAAGGAGAAGUAGGAUGGUUGUUGCCCAAUCAUGGGUCAGCAAAGGACCUAAAAUCAGACGAAUCGAUAUAAAAGGUCGAGCACGUAUGGGUGUCAAACAUCAUCCCACCGCACGUCUUCAUAUCCUAUUGAACGAAGGUCAGACGUAUGAUCAAGUCAUGGCUCGGAAAUGGGACAAGGAGUUGAAUAAAGUACGUAGUGCUGGGAUAGUUAGAGAAGAUGGGAAAUUGAGAAGGAAAGUUAUCAGUGGUUGGACUUGGUGA